CAUCUUGCAUCUGGAGCCGCCCCCCCAACCUCGCGCAGGACCCAGGGCAGCGCACUCCGUAGGAAGCGGCUCCCAGACUGACGAAUACAAAAAACCCCCGGAGCGCGCGCCCAUCAUGGGCACCUUUGCUUCGCAAUAUUUGCCUCCUGUCCCCUGGCGGUGUGUCCGGCUGGGCCGUCGUGGUGUACAGGAAACUUGCCAGUCUGGCUUCAUCCUCCACUUCUUCUCUAGCAAAUGCCCUCAACCAAGAGCAGAUUUGCUCUCGCUGAGCGACGGGGUUUCAACAUCCAGACCGACUUCACGACCAAUUUCUCCCACUCUCAGAGAAAGUUCGCUAGUGGUACCAAGAGAGCGGCAGAUGCCACUGCGGAGGCUUUCAAGGAGUUCUUGAAAAGGUCUUACAAGUGGCCCGACGAGCGAAUCUCCGAGUACACCUCUCGCGGUGCUCCUCCUUUUGAUGCGAGCGUCUUUAAGAAUUUUUUGACCUUCUGGGCCGCAAAUGGAAAAGGAAGGCUGGACAAAAAGGAUGGGUAUCCGACGGCUGACACGGUGUACGCGAGAUGGAAGAAGCUGACUGGCUGGCUCGGACGGGAAACUGGGAAGGAAGUCACGCGAGCUGUGCUUGAUGAUGUACAUGGCUACCUGGAUACCGAACUUCCAAAAUCGGUGCCCGUGAAAAUGCUGCACACCUCGAAGGACACUACAGACGAGUUUGAUUACGAUGUCUUGAUGAACCAGCUUUGGUGCUUGGACAUUUUCAUCCACACGAAUGGCCGCGACGUCAUUCAAGUCCCUCUCGUUAUUCACAUGCUCUAUUUCUUUGGCAUCCAAAGGGUGGGCGCAUUUCUCGCUACUCAUGAUUAUCCCAAUCUCGGACUACGUUAUCGAGUAUGUCAAACCUGUUUUCUGCUUCUAAGACUACUGCCUACCUACUAACUUACCUACUUCUCUACUUACAAUGCCACAGGAUCUCGAGAUCCUUGUGGAUCGACGGACUGACACUCAUGAGCCAUUUCUUCGGGUCAAAUAUAUUUCAGAUCACAUGAAAGCAAGAAAGGAGAAGAACGAUUGGUUGGGAACAGUACAAAACGAGCAGCGCCGAUUCCAAGACUGCUCGGUAUUCCUCAUUCUUGUACUUGCGUUCGCUGAUAAUGCUUUCGAACAUAUCAGUACUCCAGAAGAGCUUCUGCGGGUCCAGCCUUUCGAAGGCGCCCCUCGCGUCAUACCGUUUCACCCCAAAGUCAAGGACCAGUUCGUCCUGAGAAGCAGGAAGGGUAAUGCGAUGACGGAUAACGUAUUCCGAAACCUCUACCGUCCCAUGGUUCAACGAGCAGGGUACAAAAUGGAGAGGAUGCAGCUGUAUAAUAUACGGCGCGGAGUUGCUAACAUCGUCAAGAAUCAUGUACCAGGUAGCCGACUUCGUCAAGUUAUGGGCCAUCGUAGCGACAAUGAAUUCCUGAGAUUCUACCAAACCAGAUUGGUAGACAUUGACUUCCAGGGCAUUGUUUUGCGCGGAGAGCAGGACUCAGGUAUCGAUUACACUCGCCUCCUUCGCAGCGAACGAGGCUUGCGGCCGCCAACAGAACUGCCAGCUAGUGUCAAAGAGGGCAUUGAAUCGUGUCUUGCUGGCGUGGCGAACGGAACGACCGAAUACUAUUCACUGAAAAAAUCGCUUACCCAGGACGCGUGGAGACAGUUCCUAAAGGCGUGGAAUGACCGGAUUGGCCAUUCUUCAACGGGAACUCAUCCAACCAGAACGACAUCAACGUUGAUACCGAACUCAUGUGAGCUGGAGGGCGACCUUAUGAUGCAAGAGACCCGAGCAAAGAUUCUUUUGCGACAUUUUUGUCUGGAAUUCGCGAAGAUUUCGGAAGCUUUUCAGGCAGACGCUUUCAACAUUCGUCAAGACGAUCACCUCAAUGUCAUGAAAUUCCUCAUCAGUUAUGUCCGGUGUAAGGCGCAACAGCACACCUUUUGGUAUCCAACGGCCUUCCCCAUUUGUACGCUCGACGAUGAAGGCAACCCCAAAUACGCCUGCCCAAUUUGCUCCAAGGAUAUCACCGCAUUCAACAACCCUAGACGUCGGCCUAAACAUAUCCACCGAUGCCAGCAGCUGCAGAAGCAGAUAUCUGAUGAUUACGAACCUCGGCACUGCUACCGUUGUCACCUCUGGUUUUCUGACCGGACAAGCUACCGGGACCACUGUCGAAGUCAUUACAUGCACUUGGAUAUGUUUUGCGGGCUCUGGAGGGAAAGUGAAACAGUGAUUGUCGCUGCGCGUUGCCCGUUCUGCUUGUCAGACCAUCUGGCGGGUUCAGAGUGGGAUGCGCGAGUUGUUGAGUUUACCGAGGCAAGGACUCUGCAGCGACACCUUCGGCACCAUCUCCAGGCGCUUCCACUCGCGGCUCUGCUGCCUUGUCCACAUCCGCUGUGCGACAAAGCAGAACGACUGUCUCGCAACGACCUGAUAAAUCAUCUAGCUGAUAGCCACGGGCUUGAUUACGAUUUGAUCAAGGGUUUCCGUGCCCCCAAUACGGAUGUUAACUCGAGCAGCCUGGAGGAUGAUUGUAGCAGCAAAGAGAUCACGUCUGGAAAUGAAGAUGAGCCACCGAGAGAAAUUUCUCUCACUUCGGCAACUGACCUCACGUGCGGUCAGGAGAGGGUAUGGCAGCAUAGGUUUGGGCGAGACCAUCGCUUACAGCAAGGCUUGGAGAAGGCUGUCCUAGAAGAAGGGCAGCGAUCACCAGACUGUGCCACGCAACUCAGUCCAACGGACUACUCGUCCCUGAGUUUUGCGAUCCCUAUAGAUGUGUCUGGCCCUAAGUGCGGAAACAAAAGACAGCGAGAAGUGCCGGCCGCAUCGUCAACAGAGAGCGUACUGUCUCAGCGUCAUGAUCUAUCAUGGAGAAAGCGAGUGAGGACUUCAAGGCUUGUCUAACUAUUCCAUUAACUUAGAUGCUAUUCUAGAUACUCUCGUCUAUUAUCCAAAUCAAGAUCACUGCUUAUUAUCGUGC